CAUGGAGACCCACUCUCCCCUCCCCUCCCCCCAAGUGACGCCCAGAUUGGGGCUGGGCAAAGGCAAAGCCCCGGUGAUGCCUACACCCGGGCGAGGGAUUGGCGGGCGGGCGAUUCGUCGACAGGAGCCCCGGCGGCCAGUACAGCAGCGGCCCCAAUCCUCCGCGCGACUGUGCCGACCCCUGCUCGAAUCAGCACAAAUCAGCGUGGAUAAAAUUAACCGGGAGCCGCUGUCGCAGUGCGGAAGGCGAUACGGAGAAGCGAGCGCAGCAGUUGUUACAGGCGGCGAGGGCCGGACUCCGGCUUGACGCCGGCAGCGUUACGCGGCUGAGCCGAGUGAGGACUGAGAGGAGGCCGCGGCGGAGGAGGAGCUAGCUCGUGCGGGCAAAUGGGCCGAAUGGGGGCCUGGGGGAAAUGUGUAAUGGGCCGUGUACACGUGGACCGGAAUGUGACGAGAAGCCUCGCGCACCUUGGAAAAAAAAAACUGGACACAGGCAGCCCAGACAGAAACAGAAACAGCAGGAGAGAGGGGGAACCGGAGAGAGAGAGAAGAGAAGCCAAAUCUCGCCUGCGAUUGUGGCCGGCCGGCGUCGUCCCGUCCGUGCUCGGCGAGAUGGAGGCGGAGUGGGACUGGGACGGGACGGACCCGCAGGACGCCACGGAGAUGGACGAGUUCGAAAGGGUGGCGCUCGCCGCCGGGGUGCUCGACGUGAACCCGGGCGGCCAGGAGAGGUUCGAGAGGGAGUGGGAGCAGAUGGAGGACGAGAUCUACCGCCAGGUGCUCGCCAUCGGCUCCUUCGCGAGGUUGGAUAAUGAUGGGGAUGGACGUAGGGAAUUCGGUCGUCAAACCGCACUGCACACCUAUCUUGGCGACGUUGAUGAUAUACCGGGCAGAAAAGCUACUCUCUUAGAUGCUGGUUCGAUCCUCACCUUGCCAAUGCUCUUUCUUCAUGGUGUCGUCCUGUUUCCUGGAGCUACCUUGCCUCUGAAACUAAUUGAGGCUAGGUUUGUGGCAGCUGUCGAGAAGGCUUUAAGCCGUGAUGGUGCUCCAGACACAAUAGGCGUGGUUCUCAUGCACGGACGACCAAAUCAUCGAAAUUAUGCUAAUGCUUCAGUUGGAACCACAGCAGAGAUACGGCAACUUGGACGGUCGGAUGAUGGUUCAAUAAAUGUUAAAGCACGUGGUCAGCAACGAUUUCGUCUGAUCCGUUACUGGGCGGAUGUUGAUGGGGUGGUGUGGGGUGAGGUUCAAAUUAUCGAGGAAGAUCCUCCACUAAGAACUCCAAGAGGUGCAUUUGCACAGCUAGCUGCAUCUAGGAGCUGCCGGCUGCAUACUUCUUCACCAGUUAUGAGCUUGGAUGUGUCACCAAUGAAACAACAGGGCCAUAUGGAUUCAGGUCUACAUGGUGAUACUCCUUCUGCAAGUGAUUCAAGUUCACAGUCUAGCAAUUCAAUGAAGCCCUAUGUUUCUGGUCAGUCAGGCGAGAAUGCCAAUAUGGAUGAGGAGGAUUCUACUUGCUCGACACCCUCGAGUACAAGAACAGAUACAAAGAACCAGUACAACGCUGCUAAUUACUCGAAGCAGCCUCUUCAGGCAUCAUUGGCCUUUUGGCCUCAAUGGGCUUAUGAAAUGUAUGACCCAUAUUCACUUGCUUGUAGAGCUGCUGAUUUGUGGAGACUGAUAAUCAAAACGCCAAGCAUUGAUGAGCUUGUAAAAAAACCAGAUCUUUUGUCAUUUUACAUCGGAAACCAACUUCCAGUAUCGGAACCUGUGAGACAAAAAUUGCUGGAGAUUAAUGGGGUUUCGUAUCGCCUACGAAGGGAGAUCCAGCUUCUAAAGGCCUGUGAUCUUAUAAAAUGUGGAUACUGCAAGAUUUGUGGAGACUGAUAAUCAAAACGCCAAGCAUUGAUGAGCUUGUAAAAAAACCAGAUCUUUUGUCAUUUUACAUCGGAAACCAACUUCCAGUAUCGGAACCUGUGAGACAAAAAUUGCUGGAGAUUAAUGGGGUUUCGUAUCGCCUACGAAGGGAGAUCCAGCUUCUAAAGGCCUGUGAUCUUAUAAAAUGUGGAUACUGCAAGAUUUGUGGAGACUGAUAAUCAAAACGCCAAGCAUUGAUGAGCUUGUAAAAAAACCAGAUCUUUUGUCAUUUUACAUCGGAAACCAACUUCCAGUAUCGGAACCUGUGAGACAAAAAUUGCUGGAGAUUAAUGGGGUUUCGUAUCGCCUACGAAGGGAGAUCCAGCUUCUAAAGGCCUGUGAUCUUAUAAAAUGUGGAUACUGCAAGAUUUGUGGAGACUGAUAAUCAAAACGCCAAGCAUUGAUGAGCUUGUAAAAAAACCAGAUCUUUUGUCAUUUUACAUCGGAAACCAACUUCCAGUAUCGGAACCUGUGAGACAAAAAUUGCUGGAGAUUAAUGGGGUUUCGUAUCGCCUACGAAGGGAGAUCCAGCUUCUAAAGGCCUGUGAUCUUAUAAAAUGUGGAUACUGCAAGAUUUGUGGAGACUGAUAAUCAAAACGCCAAGCAUUGAUGAGCUUGUAAAAAAACCAGAUCUUUUGUCAUUUUACAUCGGAAACCAACUUCCAGUAUCGGAACCUGUGAGACAAAAAUUGCUGGAGAUUAAUGGGGUUUCGUAUCGCCUACGAAGGGAGAUCCAGCUUCUAAAGGCCUGUGAUCUUAUAAAAUGUGGAUACUGCAAGAUUUGUGGAGACUGAUAAUCAAAACGCCAAGCAUUGAUGAGCUUGUAAAAAAACCAGAUCUUUUGUCAUUUUACAUCGGAAACCAACUUCCAGUAUCGGAACCUGUGAGACAAAAAUUGCUGGAGAUUAAUGGGGUUUCGUAUCGCCUACGAAGGGAGAUCCAGCUUCUAAAGGCCUGUGAUCUUAUAAAAUGUGGAUACUGCAAGAUUUGUGGAGACUGAUAAUCAAAACGCCAAGCAUUGAUGAGCUUGUAAAAAAACCAGAUCUUUUGUCAUUUUACAUCGGAAACCAACUUCCAGUAUCGGAACCUGUGAGACAAAAAUUGCUGGAGAUUAAUGGGGUUUCGUAUCGCCUACGAAGGGAGAUCCAGCUUCUAAAGGCCUGUGAUCUUAUAAAAUGUGGAUACUGCAAGAUUUGUGGAGACUGAUAAUCAAAACGCCAAGCAUUGAUGAGCUUGUAAAAAAACCAGAUCUUUUGUCAUUUUACAUCGGAAACCAACUUCCAGUAUCGGAACCUGUGAGACAAAAAUUGCUGGAGAUUAAUGGGGUUUCGUAUCGCCUACGAAGGGAGAUCCAGCUUCUAAAGGCCUGUGAUCUUAUAAAAUGUGGAUACUGCAAGAUUUGUGGAGACUGAUAAUCAAAACGCCAAGCAUUGAUGAGCUUGUAAAAAAACCAGAUCUUUUGUCAUUUUACAUCGGAAACCAACUUCCAGUAUCGGAACCUGUGAGACAAAAAUUGCUGGAGAUUAAUGGGGUUUCGUAUCGCCUACGAAGGGAGAUCCAGCUUCUAAAGGCCUGUGAUCUUAUAAAAUGUGGAUACUGCAAGUCUGAAAUAGCAAAACACAGCGAUGUGGUGGUGAUGUCUAGCGAUGGGCCUCUUGGUACUUACGUCAACAAUCAUGGGUACGUGCAUGCAACGAUUACUGUGAACAAUGCGACGGGGCUUGCUCUCGAGGGGGAUCCCACAGAAGAACAGAGCUGGUUUCCAGGAUACGCCUGGACUAUCGCGUCGUGCGCGUCCUGCGGUUCCAACAUAGGCUGGCUGUUCAGUACCACCAAGAGGCAUCUAUACCCGAAAUCCUUCUGGGGGAUCCGCAGCUCCCAGAUCGCGGAUGUUGUAGAUGUAGAACAACAGGAGGAGGAAUGAUAUGCCGCUCUCCAUGUACAGCGAGCCCUGUCUUGACUUGUGCCGUCUUCUUUUUCUCCGUUUCCGCAGACUUAGAACCUAGACUGAGAUCGUGGCGCCUUUGCCAUCCUUGUCACGCUCUCGUUUUUAGCCUAGCCCCAUAUAUACCCGCCUUUCGCCUUCAGAGUGGUAGCCAUUGAAGUUUCUGGGAGACUAAUAGCCACCCUCUUCUUGGCCGUGUUGUGUGUACUGUUGGUCGUGUGCGCAUAGUUUGUUUCAGAAAUCUUCUGAGAUGCAUAUAGUGCACACACCUAGUCAGGAUAAUAAGUUUUCCGGGUGCUAAACAAAGCAUGUCUGUGGAAGUCUGUACUUAAAUAAGUGUGUUAUGUUGAAAGAGAAGUCUAGCUCCAUUUGAAAUGAUGCUUGGAAA